UGGAAGAACCGAUGGUUUGUCCUGAGACCCUCGCGUCUUGCUUACUAUCAUAGUGAAAAGGAAUAUGAGCUGCUCAAGAUCAUCGACUUGCAUGACAUACAUGCCAUUGCUGAAGUAGAGCUCAAGAAACGCUCCAACGUCUUUGGCAUCGUCACCCGUGGACGAACAUUCUAUGUGCAGGCGGAAACGACGGAAAGCAUGCAAGACUGGAUGCGGGCGAUAGGAUCCGCC